GCCGGUUUUUCAUCGCCCCGAAAAGCGGAGUAACCGCUUUUCUUUAGGUUUUCAUUUGUAUGGAGUAGCAAAUAACUUACAACUCUUGGGAACUGAAAAGAAAGCCAGCGCCAUGGUGUCCAUGAAAACACUCGUCAAGACGGCAGCCUAUAUCGCCGUCGGUGGUAUCACGGCCGCACUGAUAAUGAAAGUGAAGCUGGAGGACAAAAUACGGCAGCAACCGUAUUAUAAGGAUUCCCUCAAGCUGCUGCGAUCACACGCCGGUGCCAUCCAGUUGCUCGGAGAACCGAUCAAGGAUCUGAGCUUCGAUAUGGGCAUCGAGACGCAAAAGUACGGUGGUGGCAAGAUCAACGGCUUCGAGGUACCGGUCAAGGGUUCGCUUACGAGGGGCAAAUAUUACUUUUGGGCUGAACUGAACGACGACCAGCAGCAGUGGAUCAUCAACCGUGCCGAGCUGGCACUAGCGAACGAACCCGACCGUCGAUUGCUGAUAAAGGGUACCGGCGAGCGGACAGAAUCCUCCGCGUAACGGCCUCGCUUGGGCCUUGGC